AUGUCUUCUUCCACCAAAAUAGUCGUUGUUGGAGCUGGGGUUGUUGGUCUCACCACCGCUCUCGAGCUCAAAAGAGCCAAACCAAAUUACGAUGUUACCAUUGCUGCAGCGCACUUGCCAGGUGACUUGAGCUUGGCUUACGCCUCCCCUUACGCUGGAGCCAAUUGGCAGUCCUUUGCAACAAAGGACGCUACAAAGCUACAAGAAUUGGACAGACUUGGAUACUUCGAGUUCCAGCGCCUUGCAGAUGAUCCACGAUCUGGUGUGUGGCGUUGCCCAAAUGCCAACUACUAUACCCAAUUGGCGGUUGCGAGUGUGCAAGGUCAAACAGAGGCGUUUCACCACUGGUUUGGUGAUAUCGCCAAGGAGAGAGUAUUGCAAAAUAACGAGCUUCUUCCUGGUACCGCAUACGGUACUGAAUACGAUGGUGUGGUGAUCUCAGUUCCAAUUUACUUAAACUAUUUGCUACAGACUUGUCUUGAGCUCGGAAUUGCUUUGCGGCGAGUCAGCUUUAUUACUGACAUUGAAGAAGCGCUCUCCCUUCACGCUUCUGGCGAGAAAGCGGACUUGGUGAUAAAUUGUGCUGGUCUCAUAGCUUACCGUAUCAAUGGAGUGAAUGAUCUGAGGAGAAACUACCCUGUGAAGGGCCAAACGAUUCUUGUGAGGAACAACUUGAGCAAGGUGAUUUGUGUCGAUGGAUUUGAAGAGCCAAAUGAAAUGCUAUAUAUGUUUCCUCGGAAGGAAGGAGGAACAAUCAUAGGGGGGAGCUUCAUUCAAGAAAACUACGAUACUCAAGAAGACAAACCACUCUCGACAAGGCUUUCGAAACGAGCUGUCGCAUUUGCACCAGAGCUUAUUGAUCCUUCCCGAGGAAACCCAAAUUACUUGGAUGUAGUUCAAGUCAACGUUGGUCUUCGGCCAUUCAGGGACGGUGGCAUGAGAAUCGAGAUCGAUGGAAGGCGCAAAUGGCUAAUCCACAACUACGGCGCCGGCAGCGGUGGAUACCAGGGAAGCUACGGUUUUGCUAGGAAGGUUGUCGAGUUAGCAAAACAAUUGCGAGAACAAUCCAAGCUUUAA